AUGGCUGCGUUGAUGAUGGUUAGAGAUAUAAAACCACGUAACGACGGGAACGAAGAACAUGAACAACAGGAUACUGGUCGGGUUAUUCGAGACAUUAAAAACGUGUAUCCUGAAGUUAUUGAUUUAUUUAGAGGAGUUAAUGAUUCAAUUUCAAAACAUUCUAUAACCCUCGAUGAAGAGAAUAAAUUAACAGAUUAUAUAUUCGUCAUUAUUGCAGAAUUAAUGAAGAGAAUAAAUGAAAAAGGAAUUGGUGAUAUCAUUAAUGUCAGCGAUGUAAUGAUGAAAAGAAAUUUUGACUCAUUAUUUACAAAACCGAAAACAGAAUAUAGUCUUUAUGACGUAAUUACCGAAUUAAUGAAAAAGAUUAAUGAUAAUAAGAGUUCUGGCGGAAGAGUUGAAUUAGAAGUGAAUGAUGUUAAUGAGAAAUUAGCCGAAAAAGCAGACAAAAAUGAGCUUUUAGCUCUGAGUGAUAAAGUCAAGAACCACGUUCAUUAUAUAACUUCAGACGAACAGAUUAUAACGGACUACCAUGGAUAUUUAACACGAAGUGAUGAAGUGAAGACGGAAGACCCUGAAAGAAGAUAUAAAUACAUUCGUGCUAAAGGUUAUGACAUAAGCUGUACUGUACAGUAUGACACGGGUAAAGCACCAGAAGCAUUUAGUUAUAACGAUGAAAUUUAUGCCUCUACUUUCUCUGUUAAAGGUGUAUUAGUUGAACCAAGAUUUACUUUGAGAGUUAAGUCAAAAAUAACGUUUGAAGAUGCUAUUAAAAGUAAAGCUGACAAAGUUGAACUCGAAGCAAUGAACAAAGUUUUGAAAUCUCAUAAACACAACAUCUCCGAUAUAAAUGAACUUCAAGCUACAUUAGACAGUAAAGCCGACAAGAACCAUACACAUAAAUCCUUCACUACUGUUAGAGCAGACGACAUAAUAUUGAACUAUACCCUUGGUUCAAGUGCACCUUUAGAGAAUCCAAGUACAAGC